AUGCCUGCGGUGACCUUUGUCGUCGAUGCAGAGACUCCACAGCAAUCCGGACAAGCAGUUCUCCAUGGACGUCGUGACCUCGUUCCCCUCAUUUCCGGCUCUGUCUCAGGCGCCACCAUUGGCAUCGCAUGGAUCGUCGGGCUCCUCAUGUACGCCUACAAGCGUUGGAAGGGUCAUCAGGCCGUGCGCAACGCCGGCCUUCGCAGCCACCGCGAGCUCGACGUGCCUCCGCCCAAACCCGAGGCAUUCAUCAUCCCGCCCGACCCGGCUGUUAUUCAAGGCAUUCGUGCCCCUGGCGAACGUAUCGUCCCAGACGACCCGAAGGCUGAUGUUCGUGCCCAGCCGGAGCAUGCCAAAACUAUACCCUUGGCGCGGACAGAGGUGAAGGGCGGGAAGGAGAAGGAGCCGGGGGUGGUCUCUGCAUCACAGCUGUCGACUCAUUCUUUGCCAGCAACCAUCCACACCCAACAGGAGACUUGCUCCCUUUCAUCCAGACACACACGUCGUGUCGCAGAUGGCUGA